ACCAGCAACGAUGUCGGAAUUCCAGCCUGUCAUCGUCAUCGACGGCAAGGGACACUUGCUCGGUCGCUUGGCCAGCACUGUCGCCAAGCAGCUCCUGAACGGCCAGAAGAUCGUUGUUGUCCGCUGCGAGGCCCUCAACAUCUCUGGAGAGUUCUUCCGCGCUAAGCUGAAGUACCAGGCCUUCCUGCGCAAGCAGACGCGUUACAACGCUUCCCGUGGUGGUCCCUGGCACUACCGCGCUCCCUCCAAGAUGUUCUGGCGCACCGUCCGUGGCAUGAUCCCUCACAAGACUGCCCGUGGUGCCGCCGCUCUUGAGCGCCUGAAGACCUUCGAUGGUGUUCCCCCACCUUACGACCACAAGAAGCGCAUGGUCGUCCCCCAGGCCCUCCGUGUCCUCCGCCUCAAGCCCGGCCGCAAGUACUGCACCGUCGGCAGACUCGGCCACGAGUUCGGCUGGAAGUACCAGGACGUUGUCGCCAGACUCGAGGAGCGCAGAAAGGUCAAGGGUGCCGCCUACUACGAGCGCAAGAAGGCUGCUCGUCGUUCGCUCGCCGAGGCCCAGAAGACCGCCAAGGUCGACGAGAAGCCGUCCAUUAUGCCCUCAGCAGCUGGAAGAUUAUCAGCUUUGGCAGCUCAGUUUCUACCAUCACCGUUUGCUUCUCGCAAAGUUGAAGUCUACAACCACCAUCAACUUUCGCCUACCUUUUUCUUACCACGUGCAGCAACCAUCGAACCAGAUGUACGCCAAUGGUCUGCAAUCUAUCAUGUCACUGCAAACAAGAAGGUCUUGAGGAGAAGUUAUCAGGAAUUUGCGGAUCGUGCUAGAGGUCUCGCAUACUAUCUGAGACGCCAUAACUAUAAGCGAGUCGGCAUCCUCUGUCCCAACACACCUGCGUUCCUAGAAGCUAUCUUUGGUAUUGCGGCUGCAGGAGCAGUCAAUGUUGGCGUGAACUACCGCUUGCAAUCGGUAGACAUUGCUUACAUAUUCGAGCAUGCUGAAGUAGACAGCAUCAUCGUUGAUGCCGAAUUUGCUCCUCUCUUGGACAACUUCAGAGCAACACAUCCCGAAGUCAAGAUCAUUAUCGAUACAGAUACAGACGCCACGGAAGGUCAACUUUCGGGUCCUUUUGAUGAAGCAGUCCUCGAAGGUCUGAAACAUGACAUCGAGACUGGUUCCAAAGGUUGGGCAGAUCUCGAACAUAUUACUCCCGACGAGAACUCUUUGAUAGCAUUGGCCUACACUUCGGGAACGACCGCACGGCCGAAAGGCGUCAUGUUCACACACAAGGGCGCAUAUUUAGCAGCUCUGGCAAAUAUUGUUGAGUCUGGUCUGAAUUAUCAUGGAUCGCAGCGCGCACACUAUCUUUGGACACUACCGUAUGAAAGCCUCAGAAAGCGUUGGAUGACACAUACUGACACUCUACAGNNAUUGUUCCAUGCUAUGGGCUGGACUUUCCCAUGGUCUGUCACAGCCGUUCGUGGUACUCACUACUGUUUGAGAAAGAUCGACUAUCCAGAAAUUUGGCGUCUCCUUAAAGAAGAAGGAAUUACUCACAUGAACUCGGCCCCAACAGUAAACACACUAUUGUGUAAUGACCCUGGAGCCGAAAGAUUGGAUAUACCAGUCAGAGUCACAGUAGCUGCAAGUCCACCUUCGGCUCAUUUGUUCAAGACUAUGGAGAACUUGAACUUGCAACCAGUGCAUGUCUAUGGCUUGACAGAGACAUAUGGUCCAAUUACGAAAGGCUACCACAUGCAGGCUUGGAGUCAGCUUCCAGGAGACGAAAAGUAUGCCAAGAUGGCCCGACAAGGUCAUGGGUUUCUCACUUCCAUGCCUGCUCGCGUGAUCAAGACAGAUGUCGCAGCCGACCACAUCGAAGAUGUCGUGAAGAAUGGCAAAGAGAUUGGCGAGAUUGUAUUCUACGGCAACAUCUGCGCGAAGGGCUAUUACAAAGACGACGAGGCCACCAGAAAAUUGUUCGCUGGGGGUGUCUUGCACACUGGUGAUCUCGCUGUCAUGCAUGAAGACGGUGCUAUCCAGAUCCUCGACCGAGCCAAGGACAUCAUCAUAUCAGGUGGAGAGAACAUCUCUAGUGUUGCCUUGGAGUCCAUGCUGGUCACCCAUCCAGAGAUUCUCGAGGCAGCGUGCGUCGCAGUGCCUGAUAGUCACUGGGGAGAGCGUCCUCACGCGUUCAUAACGUGUAAAAAACAAGGCCUUAAAGGUGAGNNGGAAGUGAUCGAGUGGGCCAGAAAUCAGAGCAACAUUAGUCGCUUUAUGGUCCCCAGAGAAGUCACCAUAGUUUCUGAGUUGCCAAAGACAAGCACUGGAAAACUAAAGAAGAAUGAGUUGCGAGAUUGGGCCAAGAAGGGGCAGAAGGAGAUG